AUGGGCAUCCAUGCUGUUAGCGUCAUGCUAGAGGCUCUCAAUAUAGAUGCCCAACAUGCUACUGUCGCCAAGUUCAUUCAAAAUGAACUUGACGCUGAACGCGAGAAAGUAGCCUUGCUUCACCAACAAGGUUCUCAACAAGCAGAGUUGUUGAGAGAACAGGGUGCUCAACAGUUUGAACUGUUGAGACAGCAGCAGGCUGAUGCUGACGACGCCGUAAGGGCGCGUCGCAUCGACGACGGGGAUAUGCAAGCUGCAAUUGCCCAAUCAAAUCUGGCAGGACGUGCCAAGACUUGGGCUUUGGGGCUCAAGUUGCACGACCCACAUGCGUUUGGGUCGUUAGAAAGUCUUCAAGUCGCGGCUCAGACAAACGUUUGA